UUAUACUUUACAAUGAUUUUAUUUAACAUUAUAUGUUAUGGAUAUCUUUUCAUACUACACAAUGACAAUUCUGACACACAUUUUUAUCAUACAAUACAAUGUCAUUCUUAACAUACUAUACUAUGACAUUUUUAACAUACUGAACUGAUAUUUAUACAUACAAUACUUUGAUAUAUUGAUUAUUUUUAACAAGUAUUGUUUCCAUUUAUUACAUAAUAUUUUUAUCAUACUUUUAUAUGACAAUUGUUAACAUAUAAUACUGACACUCUAUCCUUCUGUACAAUGACAUUUUAUCCUACUAUACUAAGAUAUUUUUUGUCAGGGUUUAAUUUUUUUUAUCACAGUAUAUCUUGAUUUUUUAUCAUUUUGUCACACAAUACUAUGACAUUCUUUUAUCAUACAAUGAUAUGAGAUUUUAAACAUACCUAUCUUUGACAUUUUCAUCAUACUACACUAUGACAUUUUAUAACAUAUGCGAUGAUAUGAUUCAAAUCAAUCAAUCAAAUUUUAUUUAUAUAGUGCCAAUUCACAACAGUCGUCAUCUCAAGUCAUCAUAUUAUUUUAUCAUACUAUAAGAUUUUUAUCAUACUUAUCUAAGCCUUUUUUACUACAUUAUGACAUUUUGUAACAUACUAUACUUUGGUAUUUUUUAUCGUGUUACACUUUGACAUUUUUUAAAAUACCAUUCUUUGACAUUAUUACAUACUUUAAUAUGACAUUUUUUUCUUCCUACUCAAUGCCUUUUCUAUCAUACUAAGCUUUAAAAUAUUAAUCAUACUUUAUUGUGACAUGUUUAACAUAUAAUGCUUUUACAUUUUUAUCUCACUACACUAUGAUAUUUCUUACCAAACUAUCCUUUUUUUUAACUCUUUAAUAUGAUAUUUUCUUCAAAAUAAACUUUUUUUAAUGCUAUAUCCUACUGUACAAUGACGUGUGUGUGUGUGUGUGUGUGUGUGUGUGUGUGUGUGUGUGUGUGUGUGUGUGUGUGUGUGUGUGUGUAAAGACUUGCUCGCACACUCAACUGUUGUACAAUGGUUCCACCCCCACCAGAUUUUAGUCAUUUGAUAAUCGUCCAGCAUCGGACAAUUUGACACCAAACCAGGCAGCGUGACAGAGCGUGCUCCACUGGUGAGGCGGUCCACAGAGGUGGCGGUGCGACACAGCUCAGGCCUGUUGGUGUACUGCAGGGCGCUAGUUGUAUUUAAUGGAAUCCGCACACGUACGGAUCAUUCCCCUAAGUUUAUGAUGACUGACAGCACAGGUGCUUUUAUGGUGAAAUCAGACGCCUCACAGGUCUGUCGUCUUUGAGCUGAUCACCCACAUCCUGAGCAGGUCCUUUUAAAACAUGGACCAGAGGAAAGAGGUCGACUCUUUACUUCGAGGACCGCGGUCACAGAUGUUUGAUGUUCAGGUUUUAGUGUCCUAUGUCCAAGGAUAAUGGUUUUAUAGUCAUAGGUUAUGAUAAUGUUUGAAUGCAGUUGAAUCAAAGAUAAUGUUAUAUUUUUACUCAGAUUGGUUCUGAUAAUCAAAGAUAAUGUUAUAUUUUUACACAGAUUGGUUUUGAUAAUCAAAGAUAAUGUUAUAUUUUUACACAGAUUGGUUUUGAUAAUCAAAGAUAAUGUUAUAUUUUUACUCAGAUUGGUUUUGAUAAUCAAAGAUAAUGUUAUAUUUUUACACAGAUUGGUUUUGAUAAUCAAAGAUAAUGUUAUAUUUUUACACAGAUUGGUUUUGAUAAUCAAAGAUAAUGUUAUAUUUUUACACAGAUUGGUUUUGAUAAUCAAAGAUAAUGUUAUAUUUUUACACAGACUGGUUUUGAUAAUCAAAGAUAAUGUUAUAUUUUUACACAGACUGGUUUUGAUAAUCAAAGAUAAUGUUAUAUUUUUACACAGACUGGUUUUGAUAAUCAAAGAUAAUGUUAUAUUUUUACACAGAUUGGUUUUGAUAAUCAAAGAUAAUGUUAUAUUUUUACACAGAUUGGUUUUGAUAAUCAAAGAUAAUGUUAUAUUUUUACACAGAUUGGUUCUGAUAAUCAAAGAUAAUGUUAUAUUUUUACUCAGAUUGGUUUUGAUAAUCAAAGAUAAUGUUAUAUUUUUACACAGAUUGGUUCUGAUAAUCAAAGAUAAUGUUAUAUUUUUACUCAGAUUGGUUUUGAUAAUCAAAGAUAAUGUUAUAUUUUUACACAGAUUGGUUCUGAUAAUCAAAGAUAAUGUUAUAUUUUUACACAGACUGGUUCUGAUAAUCAAAGAUAAUGUCACUUUGUCUCCUUUUUUCUUCUCUUUUAGGCUCUGUCAGCCAGUCCCAUGGAUGUCUUUUACGCUUCUACUGACGCCACUCUGGUUGGAACACUUUUUAAAAACCUCACUGGGUCUUAA